UCUCUUGGCGUGUCGUAUUAGUUGGUUCAGAGAGCAAAACCCUAACGAGCUCCUUGCCUGUCAUCGCUUUGCCAUUUCGCAUUGGCGUGGUAGCUCCGGCGAUGUCUUCCACUCUGCUUGAGGUUACGCGGUCGGCUCACGAGGAUGUGGAGCGCCUUGAGCGUCUCAUCGUGAAGGAGCUCCAGCGCGAGCCCGCCUCCAACCGCGAUCACCUAUUGCAAAGCCAUCGCGUCCGCAACAUGAUCGAUACCAUCAUCAGCACUUCCCAUAAACUAGUUGAGAUAUACGAGGACAAGGAUAACGCCAGGAAGGACGAGAUUGCUGCGCUUGGGGGUCAGACAGCAAGUGGCGUAAAUCUUUUUGGUGCUUUCUAUGACCGAUUGAAAGAGAUUCGAGAAUACCAUAGGCGCCACCCACUUGCACGUGUUAUUGAUCCUACUGAGGAGUUUGAGGAGUUGCUUAAAGAAGAACCACACAUUGAGUUUAGCGGCGAGGAAGCUUUUGGUCGGUAUCUUGACAUGCAUGAGUUGUAUAAUGAGUAUAUUAACUCAAAGUUCGGGGAGCCUAUUGAAUAUUCAGCAUUCCUGGAUAUGUUUUCUCAGUUCCACAAGGUUCCUCGCCACCUAAAGCUAACAAGGCACUACAAAGACUACUUGACGCACCUACUGGAGUAUCUUAUAUCAUAUUUUGAGCGUACAGAGCCCCUGAAAGAUCUCGGAAGAAUAUUUUCAAAGGUCGAGUCUGAGUUUGAGGAUCGAUGGGCUGAUGGCAAGAUCCCUGGAUGGGAAAAUAAAGAUAUGGAUAAUGGACAUGUUCAGUCACAGGAGUCUGUUAUCGAUCUUGAUUAUUACAGCACCAUCGAAGAGCUCAUGGAAGUGGGCCCAGAGAAGCUAAGAGAGGCUUUAGGAGCUCGAGGCUUGAAAGUCGGUGGCACACUUCAGCAGCGUGCAGAGAGGCUUUUUCUCACAAAGCAAACGCCUUUGGAUCAACUUGACAAAAAACAUUUUGCCAAAGGCUUCCGCACCUCACAUCAAAAUGGUGGAUCUACUGUUCUACAGCAGAAUUCACAAAAAGAAAUUGCUUUGCUCGAAGCUAAAUUGCAGCGCAUGUGUGAAUUUGUAAUGGAGCGGAUUAUACAAACUAAAGAAAAUGUUGAGAAGAAGCAGGCCUUGACCUAUGAAGAAAUGGAAGCAGAGCGUGAGGAGGAAGAGGUGCAGGCUGAUAGUGAAAGCGAUGAUGAUGAAAGGCAAAUUUACAACCCUCUGAAACUACCUAUGGGCUGGGAUGGAAAGCCUAUCCCAUACUGGCUUUAUAAACUUCAUGGUCUGGGCCAAGAAUUCAAGUGUGAAAUAUGUGGAAAUCACAGUUAUUGGGGCCGUCGAGCUUUUGAGCGUCAUUUCAAAGAAUGGCGACAUCAACAUGGAAUGCGGUGUCUAGGUAUACCUAACACCAAAAAUUUCAAUGAAAUAACUAACAUUCAGGAAGCGAAGGAGCUGUGGGAAAAAAUACAAGAAAAGCAAGGACUGAACAAAUGGCGACCUGACCUCGAAGAAGAAUAUGAAGACAAAGAGGGCAACAUCUAUAAUAAGAAAACUUACACAGAUCUGCAGCGCCAGGGUCUGAUAUAGGUCGUCUUCUUUUUUAUCAAACUGCUUUAUUUUUUUUAAUUUUUUUUUAUUUUGCAAUUCGAACGUUCAUUUUGUGGCAUGCUUGUCAGAGGUACCUUGUACGUUAUUGUCAUAUUAUAUUUGGGGACUUCUCAAUUAUUCAGAAGUUUCAUUUUAGGCGCGGAAAUAUUGUAAGAUACUGAUUCCCGGAAAAAGAAGGAUUUUGAUGACAGGAAA